AUGACUGUGACUGACAGUGUGACUGUGACUAGUGUGACUGACGGUGUGACUGACGGUGUGACUGUGACUGACGGUGUGACUGUGACUGACGGUGUGACUGUGACUGUGACUGACGGUGUGACUGUGACUGACGGUGUGACUGUGACUGUGACUGAUGGUGUGACUGUGACUGAUGGUGUGACUGAUGGUGUGACUGUGACUGAUGGUGUGACUGUGACUGAUGGUGUGACUGACGGUGUGACUGUGACUGUGACUGACGGUGUGACUGUGACUGACAGUGUGACUGUGACUGUGACUGAUGGUGUGACUGAAGGUGUGACUGUGACUGAAGGUGUGACUGUGACUGACGGUGUGACUGUGACUGUGACUGACGGUGUGACUGUGACUGAUGGUGUGACUGACGGUGUGACUGUGACUGAUGGUGUGACUGACGGUGUGACUGUGACUGAUGGUGUGACUGAAGGUGUGACUGUGACUGAAGGUGUGACUGUGACUGAAGGUGUGACUGUGACUGACGGUGUGACUGUGACUGAUGGUGUGACUGAAGGUGUGACUGUGACUGACAGUGUGACUGUGACUGAUGGUGUGACUGACGGUGUGACUGUGACUGAUGGUGUGACUGACGGUGUGACUGUGACUGAUGGUGUGACUGAAGGUGUGACUGUGACUGAAGGUGUGACUGUGACUGACGGUGUGACUGUGACUGAUGGUGUGACUGAAGGUGUGACUGUGACUGAAGGUGUGACUGUGACUGACGGUGUGACUGUGACUGAAGGUGUGACUGUGACUGAAGGUGUGACUGUGACUGACGGUGUGACUGUGACUGAUGGUGUGACUGAAGGUGUGACUGUGACUGAAGGUGUGACUGUGACUGACGGUGUGACUGUGACUGACAUUGUGUUAAAGUUCACAUACUCACUGCUUUACAUUACAUUACAUUUAAGUCAUUUAGCAGACGCUCUUAUCCAGAGCAACUUGUCCUGCCAAUAAUAGAUGAAGCAAGUGAGUUUUAAAUCAGAGGAAGAUUUCUUUCUCCAUUUCUUAGGAUGCAGUUUUUAUACAUGUAUUAUAAUGUUAUCAGGUGUACAUAUAGAAUGUCCAUAUGAUGAAGAAUCGUAUGUUGAAUUAAAAUAAAUGUCUAGUACAUAGCUUAUUUUAAGAUUUUAACAAGAUAUUUUAAUGUUUCAUAAUGUAAAUAGAAGAAUGUAUACAAUGACAUCAUGCAAAUGACUCCAAAAUAAACUUGAUCAUGUUCCAUUUUGGUCAAAGUCU